AUGCAACGCCUAUCCAGCACUAGAUCUGAUGGCGUGAAACUUGCUCCUCUGAGCCGAUUCUGCAGAUGCUGUCAGCUCCCCGGUGAGAAGACACUGCUGAAUUUUGUAAAGCAGGGCUUUAAGGAAGACCGUUGAUGGAUUAAGUCUACUGUUUGUUAUCCAAUUCAUUUUUCUGGUUCUCUAUCCUUGAAACUCAGUAAGGGAAUCUGAUAGCCGUAUGAAUAAAACAACAAGAGAGGUUUUGACACAUAAAACGAAACAAAAGAAACACUAUCUAGGACUGUGUUUACUUAUUGAUUAGCUAGAAGCUAAAUUUGUUGCUUUUUUUGUUGUUGUUUUGUUUUAUUUUGUUUAAAGGGGGGCAUUUUAUUACCAAGGAUGGGAAGGGCUUAAUAAUCUGAUAGCAACAAUAUAGGAACAUUGCAAACACAAAUUCAACAAUAUAACCCAGUAUUCUAUAUUCACCAAGCACACAUUCUUUGUUUUCCCAUGGUAGUAGUUGAUCCCAUAGUAGCAGUAUGUUAGACUAUGAGAUAUAAAGUGUCACUGUCAUGUUUUCUUUUUCUUUCAGUUUUUCUUUCCUUAUGCCCUGUGUAUUUUAAAAAGUAUACUCCUCCAUAGCCACUUGCAUUUAUUUAUAUUUAGCUUUUCUUUAUUGCACCAGAUCACACUAUUCAGUUAUUAUCAUUUUGAUUUUCAUUGUACACCACUUUAUCACCUGGUUGCUUUCUCCAAUGCUAGCCUCUUAUUGUGUUUUUAUACCACACCUUCUCUAUGUUGUAAACUUGUUUAAGCAGGAUCUUCAUCAACCUAUUGUUCCUGUCAAUUUUUUUAAUAGUUUGUCUUAUUUAUUGCUAAAGUCCCUCCUUUAUGGCACUGUAAAGCACCUCAAUAAGUUGGUACUAUAUAAAUGUCAAUAAUACUAAUACAAGUUUGCCAGCCUGUGUGAUUUAAAAUAUAUAUAUUUUUACAAUUUUUAUUUAAAGUUAUCACGUGAUUCAAAAACAUAAAGAAAAACAAGAACAAAAUAAUAAUAAUAAAUCAUUGUUAAAAUAAAAAUAUUAAACCAAGUUUAUAAUAUUAGAUACACUCUACACACUCUAACUCAUCACAAUAGCGCCUAGUUGUAAGAACUCCUUAUAAAAUAAACCUAUUGAAUAAGUUACCCAUCCUAAAGCCGUCCAGCAUGUGCCAGCAAAUAUCUGUAUGUCUUAAUUUCCCUUUCUUCUAUCUCGCCUUCCCCUGUUUAAGCAUGGAAUCUACCUUUGGGUGUGUAUGGCAACUCUCGUAAAAUUCUUCGCUACCCCUACAUUAGCUGCAUUUUCCACUCGACAUAGGGUUCAUAUUAAUAGUGUAGGAAAAGGGUUGUUAUGGUGAGAAGGAAGAGAGGGGGGUGGGAGAAGAGGGGAGAAAGAGUGGUUGGAAUGUCACAUCUCAACCCAAGUCCUUGGCUAGCACCAAUAAUUAUUAAUAAUUAUUAGCGCAAGCCUAUCCUUCCAACUCCGUUGUUAAUUAUUGGUGCUAAGUGCUGCCCCUUUUCUCUGCUAUUUACAAAUAUAGUUUAGCCAUGGGAACAACAACCUGGAGUGUUUUUCAGUUAACCCCUACAGCGAGUCCUACAAAGCUUACAUUUUCAGCUACUCUAUCAAACCAUAUUUGAGAGUGGGUGUUUCAGAUGAAUAAGUGAUUUGGCGGAAUUUUUAUGGAGAGAGGUAGGGGGGAUCCUCCAAAUUCUCAGUCAAAGAGUCUUGAAUGUUCUUCCAAUAGAUGGCUAUGUUAGGACAAGACCACUAGACAUGUAGAAACGUGCUCACUGCAGUACCACAUCUCCAGCAUUAUUAUUAUUAUUAUUAUGAUAUUUAUAUAGCGCCAUCAAAUUACGCAGCACUUUACAAUGGGUGGAUGAACAGACAUGUAGUUGUGCAUAGUGGUGAUCUAUCAGGAAAAAACAUAUGCAAUACACCAAAAAUCUUACUAGCCAUAAAAUAAAUCUGGAAGUGUAAUAUUUAUUUUGUAAUAUUUCUUUAAUUGGAACUCAACUGCAGCAUUUCUUGGUUGCAACAACAAUAAGUUUCACCUCCUUUUAUAUUGGUAUGAAACAAUGGUCACUGUACCUUUAAAUACUCAUGAAGGUAAAAUUAGGCUUUGUAGCAAUCCCUUAUGAAUAAGAGGAAUAAUUAGACAAGUGACACUAAAUAAUAGGAAUUGACUUGUUUGGUAAAAGUAUUACUUAACUUAAAGGCAGUUCUGGCACUGGAAGGGUUAAUUCACCCAAUGAAGGAGAAAUUAGAAGUCCGUUUCAACAAGCUGAGAACUAGGAGUGGAGAGUGGGGAAGUCCGUUUUAACAAGCCGAGGUCUGGGAGUGGAGAAGGUAGAAUUCAGAGUUACAAGCCGAGGUCUAGGAGUGGAGAAGGUAGAAAUCCGUUUACAAGCCGAGGUCGAGAAGUGGAGAAGGUAGAAAUCCGUUUACAAGCCGAGGUCGAGAAGUGGAGAAGGUAGAAAUCCGUUUACUAGCCGAGGUAUAGAAGUGGAGCAGGUAGGAUCAGAAGUAGAGCAGCUGAUCUUCAUGCAGCACCUGUGCGAAUAAUCCAGCCCUUUGAAUCUGGCGCGGUCCUCCUAAGUAUCGUGGAGGGACCGCGUCAGAAAAAGGGGCGGGGCUGAGCGCCGUGAACCCGGAAGUGGGUUCCGGCGAUGAAUUACAUGCCAUGCUAUACCUGACAGUACCCCCUUCCCAUGGGGCAUCCUCUGGGUGCACUAUUUCGGUUUGGAGGGGUAGCGUUUGUGAAAGGCAGUAACUAACCUCCUAGCAUGUACAUUAGAUGAAUCUUCCCAAGUGUCUUCAUCAACUCCAUAACCUUUCCAUCUGAUAAGGUAUUGUAAGGAGCCACGGUGGACACGAGAAUCCAAAAUUUUGUGAAUUUCAUAUUCUUCUUCACCUUGGACAAUGAUAGGUUCAGGAGUUGUUACUAUUUCUCUAUAAAAAGGAUCAGGGAUGUGUGGUUUAAGUAAGGAGACAUGGAAUACUGGAUGAAGUUUAAAACUUGGAGGAAGUUUUAGUUUAACAACGUUAUCAUUAAUGAUAGUAAUUACUUGAAAGGGACCAAGAAAAAGAGAGCUCAAUUUCUUUGAAGGACGGCUUGUGGUAAUAUUCCUUGAAGAGAGCCAGACAAGAUCCCCUACCUUGUAAGGAGGGGGAAUUCUUCUAUUAUUGUCAAAAAACUUUUUCUGGUUAUUUUGGGCAAGUUGAAGAUUCUCCCGUAAUUUGAGAAAUAGAGAAGACAUAAAUUCGUUUUUUGAUGUAACAGUAGGAUUGGAUGAAGUAAUGGUUUGGAUGGGGAAUGAAGACGGAUGAAAACCAUAGUUGGAGAAGAAAGGAGUCAUUUUCGUACUAGAAUGAAUGGUAUUAUUGUAAGAAAAUUCGGCCAUAGGUAACCAUGUGGUCCAGUCAUCUUGGAGGUAUGAACAAUAACAUCGAAGAUAUUGUUCCAAACAUUGAUUAACCCUUUCUGUUUGCCCAUUAGUUUGGGGAUGAUAAGCGGAAGAGAGUUUGCGUUGAAUUUGAAGGGAGAGACACAUCUCUUUCCAGAAUUUGGAGGUAAAUUGUGUCCCCCUAUCAGAAAUAAUUUCUUCAGGAAGACCAUGAAGUUUCACAAUAUUGUCAAUAAAGACCUUAGACAAUUCUACAGAGGAGGGUAAUUUUUUUAAAGAAAUGAAAUGGGACAUUUUUGUGAAGCGAUCCACAACGACAAGAAUAGUGGUGAAAUGUUGAGAAGGUGGAAGAUCAACGAUAAAAUCCAUAGAAAUGGAUUGCCAAGGUUUUUCUGGAAUAGGUAAGUUAAGUAGUAAUCCAAAAGGUUGAUUAUGUUCUGGUUUAGACCUUUGACAGAUAGGACAUGUUUUGACAUAUAAUUCAAUGGUUCUAUCCUGGCGAGGCCACCAAUAAUAUCGUGAAGUUAGUUCAAGUGUUUUCUUUAUUCCAGGAUGUCCAGCUAGGGGGGAAUCAUGAACCAUCUUAAGUAAUUUAUUCCUAAGAAUGGGAGGAAUAUAAAUUCUAUUUUUAAAAUAAAAUAGACCAUCCUUUUUUGUUAGUAUAGGUGUUUUGGGAAGUUCAAGAUCCUUCUGAUUCAAAUUCUUUAUGUCAUCAUGAAGAGAAGAGAGGAUUCCUAUUAUUUUGGUAGAAGGAUAAUCAUCAGUAGUAGUUUUAGAAGGAAUUCGAGAAAGAGCGUCAGCCUUUUUAUUUCUAUUUCCAGGUCUGUAUAUUAAUUGGAAGUUAAAUCGGUUAAAGAAUAGGUUCCAUCUAACUUGUCUAGCUGUAAGGGUUUUGUUAGUAUAGAGAUAUUCAAGAUUUUUAUGGUCAGUAUAAACUAUUAUAGGUUGUUUUGUAUCUUCCAGAAGAUGACGCCAAUUUUCGAAGGCAGCUUUAACACUUAAUAAUUCUUUUUCACCAAUAGGAUAAUUUUUUUCAGCAGAGCUCAAGGAUCUUGAAAAAAAGGCAACUGGAUGAAGUGGAUCUUGUGGAGUCUUUUGUUGAGAAAGAACUGCUCCGAUGGCUGCAUCUGAUGCAUCAACUUCAAGAACAUAUAGGAAUGUUGGAUUAGGUAGUUGUAGAAUAGGUGCAGUUGUAAAUCUUUUUUUUAAUUCGUCGAAGGCUGUUUGUGCAUCUUUAUUCCAAUUAAAAGGACGUUUACUACUGUUGAGGAGGUUAAGAGGAUGUGAUACAUCCGAAUAGUUUCUAAUAAAUUUUCUAUAGAAGUUUGCAAAUCCAAGAAAACGUUGUAAUUCUUUUGUAGUAGUAGGAGCAGGCCAAUCAAUAAUACAUUUGAUUUUGGAAUUAUCCAUCUUCAAAGAAUGAGGUGAAAUAAUGUAUCCUAGAAAAGAGAAUUCAGUAACCUCAAAAAGGCAUUUUUCUGGUUUAGCGUAUAAUUUAUGAGUUCUCAGUCUAGAUAGAACCCAUCUAACAUGUUUCCUAUGUUCAUCCAAAUUGUUAGAAUAUAUUAAGAUAUCAUCUAAGUAGAUAAUAACACAUACAUCCAGAAGAUCUCUAAAGAUAUCAUUGAUAAAAUGUUGAAAUGUUGCAGGGGCAUUACAGAGCCCGAAAGGCAUCACUAGAUAUUCGUAGAGACCAUAUCUUGUCCGGAAGGCGGUUUUCCAUUCAUCAUCCUGUUUUAUUCUAAUGAGGUUAUAUGCGCCUCGAAGGUCGAGUUUAGUGAAUAUAGUUGCAGUUCUUAACCUUUCAAUUAAUUCAUUUAUUAGUGGAAGAGGAUAACGAUUUUUAAUAGUUAUUUUAUUUAAGGCUCUGUAAUCUAUAAUAGGACGGAUGGUUUGGUCUUUAUUCUUCACAAAGAAAAUACUAGAAGCAGCUGGGGAGGUCGAGGGUCUGAUGAACCCUUUGCGUAAAUUUUCAUUAAGAUAUUCUUUUAAAAUUUCUAACUCCUUUUCAGAGAGUGGAUAAAUAUGACCAUAAGGAAUAGGAGCUCCGGGUAUGAGAUCUAUUGGGCAAUCAUAUACCCGAUGAGGAGGAAGUGUUUCCGCUUCUUUUUUACAAAAGACAUCUGCAAAAUCGGAGUAGAAUGGAGGUAUAACUGGUUCUACAGUAGUUUGGAGAAUAGGAAUGUGUUGUAAGCACGUUUUUUUACAGAAAUCAGAAGCAAAGGAGAUGGAGAAGGGAGACCACUUAAUUAAAGGAUCAUGGUUUUUUAACCAAUUAAUUCCUAGAAUGACGGGAUAAAGUGGAGAUUUAAUAAUAUCAAAUGUAAUGAAUUCGAAAUGUACGUUGUUGGUAAUCAUUCUUAGAGGGAUUGUUUCAUCUUUGAUGGGUCCUGAGGAUAUAAAUGAACCGUCAAUAACUCUGAUUGGAAUAAAAUUGGUUUUUUGAACACAAGGAAUUUUAUUUUUUGAAACAAAAGAAAAAUCAAGAAAAGUUCCAUUAGCACCAGAAUCAAUGAUGGCCUCAGUCACGAUUCUUUUUGUAUCCCACUGUAAUAUGAGAGAUAUAGAAAAAUAAGUAGAUGCUUUUCUUUUUUGAAAAACGUUCAAUAUAGAGGUAGAUGAAUGAAGCUUACCACCUUUUGAAUGUUUCAGUAGAGGACAUUCGGAAAUUAGAUGUUCAUUCGAAGCACAAUACAUACAUAAGUUUAGUUGUCUCCUUCUUAUUCUUUCUUCAGAAGUAAGAGGACUUUUUAUUAUACCUACUUCCAUAGGUUCAGUUUGUGGAGGAAUUUUUUCAGGUAGUUUUAGAGUAGUGAAAGGUUUUCUCCAGGUAGAAUUAGUAAGAACCCUUUCAGCUUUUCUUUCUCUUAGACGUCUAUCAAUACUGAUAGACAGUUGAAUCAAUGCAUUUAAGGUAGGAGGAAGUUCUGUACGAGAGAGUUCAUCUUUCACAGCUUCAGAUAAUCCGAGACGGAAUUGAUUGCGUAAAGUAAUGUCAUUCCAUUGGGUUUCUGUAGCCCAUCUUUUGAAUUCUGCAAUAUAAUCUUCAACAGGUCUAUUCUUUUGGUGUAAUGUUCUGAUGGUUAAAUCAGCAGUAGUUUGUUUAAAAGGAUCUUCAUAUAAUAAAGACAUAGCUUCAAAGAACUCAUCCAAUGAAUCCAAUAUGGGAUCAUCAUUUUCCAAAAAGGAAUGGGCCCAUGCCAUAGGUUCACCUCUUAAAAAAGAGAUCACUGAACAGACUUUGGAUCUUUCGGUGGGAUAAGAUCUAGGUUUUAAAGCAAUUAGUAGUUUGCAAGAAUUCAAAAACUCUCUGUACUUUGUUCUAUCUCCAUGAAAUUUUUCUGGAUUACAGACAGCAGGAUCACCAGCCGAUUGAAGAGCGGCAUGAGGAAGAUGACCUUGAAUGUCUCUAACAUAGGUUAAUAUUCUCUCAUUUGUAAUUUGCAGUUCCUGUAACCCUUGAGCAAUCGUAUCCACUCUAUUGGUUAGGGCAGAAACUUGAGAGUUAAUAUCUGCUGGUUCCAUUGAAUGGGCUGGAUUAUUCUGUAAUACUUAUUUUGUAAUAUUCUUUAAUUGGAACUCAACUGCAGCAUUUCUUGGUUGCAACAACAAUAAGGUUCACCUCCUUUUAUAUUGGUAUGAAACUAUGGUCACUGUACCUUUAAAUAUCCAUGUAGGUAAAAUUAGGCUUUGUAGCAAUCCCUUAUGAGUAAGAGGAAUAAUUAGACAAAGUGACACUUUAGUGAGUUUUAGAUACUGUGUAAUAUAAAUAAUAGUAAUUGACUUGUUUGGUAAAAGUAUUACUUAACUUAAAGGCAGUUCUGGCACUGGAAGGGUUAAUUCACCCAAUGAAGGAGAAAUUAGAAGUCCGUUUCAACAAGCUGAGAACUAGGAGUGGAGAGUGGGGAAGUCCGUUUUAACAAGCCGAGGUCUGGGAGUGGAGAAGGUAGAAUUCAGAGUUACAAGCCGAGGUCUAGGAGUGGAGAAGGUAGAAAUCCGUUUACAAGCCGAGGUCGAGAAGUGGAGAAGGUAGAAAUCCGUUUACUAGCCGAGGUAUAGAAGUGGAGCAGGUAGGAUCAGAAGUAGAGCAGCUGAUCUUCAUGCAGCACCUGUGCGAAUAAUCCAGCCCUUUGAAUCUGGCGCGGUCCUCCUAAGUAUCGUGGAGGGACCGCGUCAGGGAAAGGGGCGGGGCUGAGCGCCGUGAACCCGGAAGUGGGUUCCGGCGAUAAAUUACAUGCCAUGCUAUACCCGACAGCUCUCUACCCAUAAAGCUGAUAGCACUGCCUAGGGAAUAUAGGAAUGGACUGAGGUCACUUCAUUCAGCCGCCAGCAUGCUAGUAACAAAGCCAGCGUGUGAGCAUUUUGGUGUCAUGGAAGAAGCUUUCCCUGUUUAGGGAAGUGUCCCCAAGCAUGGCGAAUCAACGAAGACUGUGGGAGGAGCAAAGGCAGAUCAGAGUUGGGUGACACAUAACUGUAACACCCACCUCUUUAAUUAGAUCACUACAGGGGAGCGGAGGGCCAGAUAAGUCAUGACAGUUUCCCUUAGACCUUUCCUCUACCAUAAUCAGGUCCAAACGUGUUUACUUUCCUGUAUUUUACAAUAUUAAAUUUAGUCCAUAAAGUCUCACUCACUACUAUUUAUAAACUAGUUAAGAUUAGCAGCCUGUAAAGGAGUAAAUUUCUCUGCAAGAAGCCACUAGCCAAUAGUCUGAUAUAAUUGCAGUGCAAUAGGAAUUCUUGGGUAGGCAGUAGGUCGUUGUGUCAGCGAAUAUGAUGGGUAGAAGAUUUCUUAGUGUAAUUCAUACAUAUAUGCAAUACAAGAAAACGAGAAAUCCAAUAGUGCAAUAUGUCACUUAAAUGAGUAAUAGGUAAUAAAACAACAGUAGCUUACUCACAUUUGGUGGGCUGUAGUGUUAUAAUCACAACUUACAGGAUAUGUUGGUGAGUGUCCGUAGAAGAUGGUGUUGUGGGACCCAAAAGACAAAAAUAUAUAAAUCAGAUAAUAGUGCUCUCUAUUACAAUAAAAUUGGUAAGAUAUUAAAGAUAGUAAAUACUCACAAAGGGGGAGCAGGCAAAUAAAAAUAAAACUAUUUAAAACAAAAGGUAAUUGGCACCGUAUGCAAGUAUAGUGACCAAAACAACUUUAUUCAAAUAAAUUACAAAGUAAUACUUUCCAUAACGCGUUUCUCCACAAAAGGGCUUUUUCAAAUGGAUCCCACAACACCAUCUUCUACGGACACUCACCAACACAUCCUGUAAGUGGGGCUUAUACCGCUAUACACUAUCAAAACUGGAGCUGGUCAUUGCUCCACCAAACGUGAGUAAGCUACCAUUGUUUUAUUACCUAUUAUAUAUUUAAGUUGACAUAUUGCACUAUUGGAUUAAUUUCUACCCAUCAUAUUCGUUUACAAGGACUAUUUCGAUUUGGUUCGACACUUCUGAGCAUCCAAAAAUAUAAAUUCCAAAACAUUGCACAUCUAAUAGUUUUCAGUUGACAAGUGCUUGGUAGUAUAUAUACACUAUAAUUUAUACUAUAACUUUCUCACUCCCAAGCACUUUUUGAAUAUACAUCUUUUACAUGUUUUAAAUGCAAUUUUAAGGAUUCCCAUAGAAUUCUGUUGUUAAUUUAAACCAUUUGUUAUAAAAUGGACAAUUAUGAAACAUACAUUUUGUCAUUAUUUUUGGCAUUCUAAUGGAUCUAAAAUAUUAUUUUUUCAAAUAUAAAAGGAAAACACAAAAAAACUCCCAUCCACGAAUGGGAACUCCAAAAUUAUUAUAAUCUGAUGAAUAAAUGGGAGUGUCAUAGUUUGUCAGAAGAUAUGUAUGAAAGGGUAGUCAAACUAUAGGUUUUCUCCACAACCUUGUUUCAAGAAGACAUUGAAGUUCCAACUGAACUCAGAUUUUGUAUGAAUCUUCUUGUAAAAAAUCAAUGAGUUUAUGUCAAAAUUUGAAUCAAAUCCAAGACAUUUGAUUAGAAACUUUAUUUUAUUAUUAUUCCUGCAGUAAAAGUAAUAUUGCAUUUUCAAAAACAGUAUUUUAAAUAAAUUUCUCCCUUUAAAAAUGUAUUUGAUUAUUUAUCACUAACUGUUGGAAUUGGUUAAUCUCGGUUUAAUAAAAUGUUCAAAGAAAUGAAGCCUGUACAAAUUGAGACCAAUAAGAAAAUGGGGAAAGAGGAUUUCAGUGUAAAUAUGCAAAUGCCCAAGGAUUUAUGAUCCAGAGGAACAUUUUCAGAAUACAAACUAACUGAAUAAAAAUAACUAUUAACUGUUGCCUAUUUAAAGCUGAUUUUGUGUUAUUAUAUGUUGAAAUUAAAAAAGCUACAAAGAUUGACAAUGUUGAUGCAUUCAAAUCUAAAAUAUAAAAAAUAUAUAUUUUUUCAUCUAGGCGCUGCUCACCUUUUGACCUCUGGAGACAUCACAGAAGAGGAAUGGCCUCCUCCACCCAUGGCCAAUUUAAUGGUCCUCACAAAGCAGCUUUGGAGACCUAAUGUGCAUGUAUGGCAAGCACUAUCAGACUUCCCCAUAGGAAAGCAUUGAAUCAAUGCUUUUCCUUGGGGCUUCCACGUUGCAUGACCUAGUUUUACUCGAUCAGAGCUGCUGAAGCACUUCUAGUGCUUCAUACUGACAGCCACUAGAUUAGGACCUAAUCCUGCAAUGUAAACAUUGCAGUUGAGAUGAAGUGAUCUGGGUGAUUAUAGUGUCCCUUUAAAUUACAGUACCUAAAUGUUUUUACAUACAAAAGUUAUCAUAAAGUUUAGCAUUCAAGUAAUGUUAGAAAACUCAAUAGGGCUUCUCAAGGCAAAUGAAAGGAAAAGGAAACCAUGUACUCUUUAUUUGUUUCAUUUAAUUCUGCUAUAUAACACAGUAGAAAGAUUAGUUCAGCAGCCGUGGAUUCUGCAGAAUGCCUGAGAGACACAUGAACAUGCACAAUAGAGAAUAGGGGCAAAAGAUGGAAAUAGUAUAGAAGAGGGUGCAACCAAAACUAUUGUUUAAGGCAAGGCUCUAUGACUUUUGAUUGCAGAAACUACAGAAUAGGUUAAACCAGCAGUUUCCAAACUGUGUGCCCCCCGUCAGAUGACGUCGGAGGAGGCGGACCACCAACCAAGCGCCGAGGAACAUAGGUGUUGGAAUUAAGUAAGUGACUAAAGGGUUUUUAACCUUUUAGCUGCCGGAGGAGGAGGGCCACAGAUUUGUAUUCCUAACACUAUAGAAUCUCUUUAAUGGCCUGUCACAUCCUCCUACAUUACAGACUAAGCCUCGCAGGAGGGAGAUGAGGAGAAGCCAAAAAGGAGACGGUGCAAAUAGCUAAAGCCACCCUCCUGCACCCAAUAGGAUGGAAACUGGACGGUAGCUAAAAUUUUGACCAGUAUGUGUGUCAUUGUGUGUUUCUGAGUGUCUGUAGAAACAUAUGGCAUGCAUACAGAUUCACAGACACACAAUUGCACACAAACAGACACUCAGAGUGUCUGUGAAUCUGUAUGCAUGCCAUAUGUUUCUGUGUGUCAUUGUGUGUCAGUGUGUGUUUCUGUUUGUCUGUAUGUAUGUGUGUCUGUGUGUGCCUGUGUAUCUGUGUGUGUUAGUGUAUGUAUCUGUCUGUGUAUUUGUAUGUGUGUUAAUGUAUGUGUCUGCGUAUCUGCAUGUGUGUCGGUGUGUGUAUCGGAUUGUGUGUAUGUGUGUAUCAUUGUGUAUGUGUGUGGUAGUGUAUGUCUCUAUGCGCUUACAUUUCAGCAUUCAAAUGCAAACGCUAAACACAAAUACACCUUUGCAUUCAAACGUCAGCACGACAUACAAACACACCCCUGCAUUUAAACGUCAACACUACAUACAAACACACCUCUGUAUUAAAACACCAACAUUAUACAUAAGCACACCCCAUGAUUCGAAAAACAACACAACACAGAUGCACGCCUUCCUUCAAAUGCCAACACUACAUACAAACAAACCCCUACAUUCACUCACACAUACUCCAUACAAAAACAUUCUUACAUUCAAACUGCUCAAUGCUGAAUAAAGCACAACAGGGAUCAGCAAAUGGUAGAUCCACAGAUGGCAACGCAUUGUAGGAGUUGUACAACAGAUGGGGAUCUAUCUUUUGGUCACCCUUGCAAUAGGAGCGGCCAACAUAAAUUCUAUCACUAGGGCCUUCUUUACUUUAGUGCUACCAUUGUGGCUAAUAGAAGUGCAUAGGACAGGUCCACAACCCUUUGACUACAACAAUGCUUGUCUGGGUAUGAAUGCUCUAAUUAGGUCUUCUUUUAAUCUUUUACAAUAAAAUAAGGGAUUUAAACAACUACUUGGAGCUGUUUUUACUGAAUGGCUGAGUACUGGAACAUUGUUUGUAUUGUUAUAGAUUAAGACAAAGGUCUGCCUUUGUUAGUCUUUCCUUCACCAUCUAAAAUUAUAAUUGAUACACUUUCUUGCAGUAUAUAUUGGCUCCUAAAGAAACAGUAUUUGCUUACAUAAUUUCAAUUUUGCAUCUUCAAUGAUUUUUUUUUCCUUUUCAUAAAACGGGACUGGAGUGCUUGAAUGUGCACUUUAUUAAGACUGGUAAUCACUUUAGGAUGGGUAUUUAUCAUAAAGUUAGUGAAUCACAUAUUAGAAUCACUAUGUACACUCCACCGUCAGAAACAUUUUAUAUUUAUCAUCUAAUAAUAUUGAAAGUUAUCUUAAAGGAUAACUUGAGUCUAACUAAAUCCAGGUAUUUUUAGAGAAAAUUUUUAAGAGCCUUUUCAUUUUUUAUGACACUCCAUAUUUGAUUUUGGAACCUGGGAUGGCGGAGGAUUAAUUUUUAGAGAAAAAGGGGAUCAAUGUUGCGUACUAUUAUGCUGAGAUUUUAUUUAUUAUAAGAAGUGACCAGGAAUUUAAAGCAAUAAUUCAGGCAGGCAGGCGUUUAUUGCAUACCUGUGGCUUAUAAUUGAUCAUUUACUCAAAUAAGUGAAGAAAAAACAUUAUUCUAAACUUUUCUUUCCAGGAUUCAUGAAAGGUUAUCAACUCACUGUUUAGAGAAUAUAGGCACCCGACUUUAUUUUAAUGCAGUAAUCUAGGUGCCCCCAUAACAUGUAUAUAUAAGUAAACCAACAGGUGGGCAUUGGUGUUCAGCUUGUGUGUCAGACACUAAUGAGCAGAAAUUAAUAAAGAUAUAUUUGGUUGUUGUAUGUGAUAAACUUUUGGAAGGGGUUGUAACUGGCACAAGGAUGUAAAAGAUGUUUAGUUCCCAUCAAAUCCAGUGGAGUGUCCCUGCUGAUUGUUAAAUUAUUGAAUAUGUUUUCUUUAAAAGUGGUUCCCAAAAUCUAUUUGUUUUAUACAGUACAAGUCAGGUUUCAACAAUUUACUGUGAUUGUGGAUUUAAUGAAUGACAUAAAAAAUACAUUUUAAAAAUGCUUUUAAAUAUAAAGGGGAAGGGGGUGGGGGGUUAUCCCUAUUCCCAAAUUUGUAAUAUCAUGUCUACUUAUCAUAUUUAUAAAAUAUGUAUUUGUGAUGUAUGAAAAAAUAAAAUUAAAUGUAUAAAUCCACAUAUCAUAAUCCAGCAACUGAGUGACUCUAUUGUACUUAUCAAGUUAGGCCUUGUUGGGAAUAAUACACUUUGCCUAUAUUGACCCAAGGCUCAAGCUACAGAUGACCGUAUGCUCAGUCUGUUUAAAAUUGGCUAACUUAGAGCAUGUCAGCUAUUUGUAAUGAUACCAUAGCAAGGGGAAAUUCCUGACAGAGAAAAUUCCUCACUAUCAGACCUCGAUUUGAUAUUUUUGGAUAAACAUUUAACAUGAUUUAGUAUUUAGAUUUUUUUAAUUUAGAUGGCUUUUGUUAUAUUGAUAUAUGUUUUAUAUAGGAUAUAUUUUAUGAUAUUUAAUAAAGUAAUUUUAAAAGUUUAUCCAAAUCAUUUGAAAAGCAAACCCAAAAAAAUUAUAAAUCGAGGCCUUAGCUGUCCUGUUAUAAACUCUGUCCUUGCCAGCUGACAGUCAGCAUAGAGAAAGCAUACAAAGAACAGAAGAAAUUAAACAGUGUUUCUAUUUCUCGUCUUCAUGUGCUGUGUGCCCUGCCUGUGCCCGAAUUAAACAGGACUGUGAUGUCAUUUGCAAAUGUUUCCUAUUUACUUAAUUUUCAGCAAUAAAAAGUUAGCAUAUAUACCACAAAUGACAUAAAUGAAAAAAGCAUUAAAAAUAACCUUUUUAUGGCCAUCUUUGAAGUAGCACAGAGAGAGCAGCAGCUCCUGGUCCUUGCCACAUAACAGUCAUUCUCACCAGUGACAGUGAGGAAAUGUGUUUACUGAAAGUAGAAAUUUAGCAAUAAAGGGACAUUAAAAGGCAACUGUCGGGCGGGGCCUGACUUCUAAGAUGGCCAGACGCAUCUUCUGAGAGCUCCAGCAAUGCUGAGCUUUAUUUAGGCUAAUACAGCCCAAAAUAAUAUAAUUCGAAGUCUGGAACAACCGUGCUUUGGUGCUGAACCGAGUGGGAAUCUGUGGACACAGGCUUUGUGUGUUUUUUCUAAACUACAGACACUUAUGAGGCCUAGCAUGCUGGGAGACCUGGAGGCUGGGGAAAACGGCCGAUCUCCCGCAACAGGGCCCGCUAAACAUGGCAAAUAUCUUGGUGCCCCGCAAUCCCCCUCCCUUGGACCAGUGGGGAAUAUCCCAUUCCCAACUGGGGAAACCUAAUUACCUGCAACAUGCGACCCUCAAGCCUGCAUGGCAUCCCUAAGAUGGCCGCCACAUCACAACAUCCACAGUCUCCGGAGAGAUCAGAGGCUCACCUUGACAAGCAUUCUGCUCUCUGCCUCUUCAAUUGUGAUCCCUGGGAGGCUAGUGCGCAUGUGCUUCAAAACACCACGCUGCACCAAUCAAAUGCUUGCAAUGAGAGUCAUUUUAUCUAUGACCGAGUUUAACCCUUCCAGUUAGCCCCUUAGAGGCAUGUUUACCCUUCAAUGAAAACAUUGCCGUUCCUGUAACACAGCAAUGCUUUCAGCUACACAACUAAACAGACAGAGACAUUGCACCCAGACCACUUCAUUAAGCUUAAGUGGUCUGGGUAUCUAUAGAAUCCCUUUAAUAUUGGUACAUAGUUGGGGUUUCUGGAAAUAGCCUGUGGCAAAUAGGGAUGGUGAAACUAGUUAUGAUUAAUGACCAUGAAAUUCCCAAUCCAAGACUUAUUUAAUGAGACAAAAUAGACAUUUAGCACAUGGACUUUGGACAUAGUGGCCCUGAUUUUGGUAGAACAUGGACAAAAGUGUGAGUUGAAUUUCCAGUUGUACUAGCUUCAACCUAUAAAUCUCAUAUAAGAUUAUCAUCUUGCUAUUUUAUUUUUUAAGCAUAACUAUAGAAGGGGACCCACCCUAAAUAUUACUGAGGCCACACUUCGAGCAGACUUCAAACUAAAGAUGGAGUCAUACCAAUAUCGACCAGUCAAAGAAAUGUAAAAAAAAUGUUUUUUAAAUUCUGUUGGCCUAAGGGCUCGAUGCCUUACCACUAAAACGAUAUUGAGCUAAUUUAUUAUAGAAAAUUCUCCAAGAUAGGUUUAGCUUUUCUAGUUUUUUAUAAGUCACUUUGUUUUUUCCUACUUCAACCGUUGUCUUCAUAUCGUGGUAAAACUUUAAAAAACCCGGACAGCAGUAGUGGUUAUAGUGAUUGCAUUGUUCAUUUAAUCAUGGCAACGUGAAUAAGACUAAAGAACAGCAGCCCUCAAAGAAUUCUCUCAACGGAGAGUUAUAUUAAACAAUCUUAAGAUAUUUUUUUUAGUUCCCUGUUUCAGUUGGGUGAUUUGUGUAAAAUAUUAUUUUAUUGUCAUUUAGCAACAGAGCUUAACAAACAGAGGUAACAAACUGCAGGGAUUGUUAUACAUACAUCACGAAAAGGGCCAACAGUACAGCAUGAAACCAAUGUUUACUUAUUAUCCCUCUUACAAAAGAUUAGGUUAGCAGAUUGCGUGUACCUCUAACUAGACUCCAGAACGCAAUUAAAUCAUAAUAGCAAACGAAAGAUGCUGAUAUGAGGGAUAAGAAUAAAAAAAUAAAUUUUAAAAAUUGAUAAAAUUUUAAUUUAUUUGCCAAGCAUACAAAUGGACUCUUACUAUAAAGAACUUGCUGCCUAAAAAAGUUCUAGGAGUCUAGAAAACAUGUCUCGUUAGAUCUAAUCUGAGUAUAUUUCAUAUUAAUCUCAGAAAAGAAAGAAAAAAAUCUAGUUAGCGCUAAGUUAUAGCAUUAAAUUUAUGAGACCAGGAAUGAUGCAUAAACUCUAUAGAAAUUCUGGGUAGCGUAUUAUACAGUGCGGAUAGUGAGGUGAGCAUAAAAUUUCUAAUGAAGCAUGUUGCACGACUUCUAUGAUAGUGGAUUAGGCUGUCAAUACACGUAUUGAACAAUUAGGUAAUGCUUUGGAAAUUAGCUAUGCUGAGCAUAUGUCUGAGCUGAGCUCAUAACAAUGCCUAUGGUGCAAAUUAGGGAAAUAAUUCAGAGUACUCUAAACAGCAGUUUUGGGGAGAAAAAAGGAAAAUGCCGGUCAUACCUACAAACCACUAGUACCUAUAUUUAGCUGGGAAAAAUAAAUAAUAGAGGAAAGGAAAAGAGGAGAACAUAAAAGAGAGAGAGUGAAGACUCAGAGAAAAAGAGUAGGGGAGGGAAAGUAGGGAAAGAGACAAGGGAGAUGGAAUGAGGGUUGAGAAAAGCGGAAUAGAAAAUGGUAAAAGGUAUAUGUGCAACAAGAGCAUGACUUAUCAGACGCUGCCGUGUGAACCUCAUGAUGAAUGCAGGGGAGAGUUCACCAACUGACAUCCAGGGUGCUAUAGAAAAUAAAAUAAAAUUGGCUGGAUAAGGAACCAAGUUCAUAGUCCGAUAGGUCGCCAAAACCCAUCUAGAUGGGCACCACCAUGACAGGCCCCAUACCUGCCUCCUGCCCCAUGAUUAAAGUUUAAUUGUAUGCUGGCAGGACUCACUGAGUCACUCCUUGUCCUCCUGAGCAGCCCAAUUGCAUAGUCAGCAUCCCGAAGCCAGAACAGUCCAUGAGCUUCAUCCCCUCAUAGGAACACAAAGUCUCCAGCCUCCACACUCCAACCAUCUGCACAAUCACUGUCCUGGAAACCUCAAGAGCCUCCGCUGCACCACACUGACCUAUUCACAGGUAUGGGUUCCCUCAAGCCCCACGACCACAUAAUUAUUUAGGGCCAUAGCAGCAUGUUAUAUGCUUUCUAACCUUAUCAUAUGGGGAUCUAAUAAAUAAAAUUAGUUUUUAAUAUAAUCCUGCUUUGGGGGAAUUAUCUGAGCAUUGCUGUUCUAUAGUUGGAAGUGGUCUGGUCAUGGAGGGAAAGGCCAUCCCAAUAACAGAGUUUCUACAGUGAGUAACAAGUUAACCACCUAAUGUUUACUCCUUCUAUUCUACUUUUACUCGUAAGCUUACUAUAAUGUCUUAUUGUUACUUUUACUUGUAGUAAGAGGCCAUUCUAUUGCAUGACUUAUUCUUCAGAAUGCAUAAAUGAAAGUGUGGAGUUGAUUAUAUACAAUACAAUCUAAUGUUUUGUCGUGAAGUUGUUACUUCACACAAAUGGACAACAUAUCGUUGUUUUUUUUUUGUUUUUUUUAUAUGAUAUAUAUUUCUGAGUCACAUUGUUAUUUCCUGCAUCAGUUCAGAUGAACUCUGCAUUAUUUAAUUCAUAAUUAAAUAUUUUUCUGUGUUGUAGAUAAUUUCAGAGAGAACGAAACCUCGGAUGCACGAGUUCCAGUCUGAAGUAUUCAUGAUAAUUGGAGGAUGCACAAAAGAUGAAAAGUUUGUUACUGAAGUUACCUGUCUUGAUCCUUUAAGAAGAAGCCGACUAGAAGUUUCAAAACUCCCAACAUCAGAACAAGAAAAUGAAAAUGAAGAUAAAAAAUGGGUUGAAUUUGCCUGUAUAACUUUUAAAAAUGAAGUUUACAUAUCAGGUGUGUACUUUAAGAAUACCAACAUUUUGAUCCAUUGAUGGAUGUAAAGUAUAUUUGGGGCUGGAAUUAUUCUUAAGUCCUAUCAGUGCACCCUUGUAUAGUAACUCGCCCUGUAUCCAACAGAUAGUCUUCGGCCAAGAAUCUAAAAUGGUAGUGAGUUCUGUUCUGGUCUGUGCAGAUUUAUCAAGUACUAUUCACUAUUAGGUUCAUGAGUAAUAAAAACAUGGUUGAUAUGUGCAAGUUAAGACCUGCUUCCUGUUCUAUGGGCUUUUUAAAUGGAUGCGGUCAAGAAAAACAAAAAACAUGAGUUUUAUUUGUACGCGCACUCUGACCGUGGUAUAUGUUUUCCAUGCUAUUCUAAAUAUAACCUCUUAGGAAGAGGUUCAUUCUGCCUGAUACCCAAUGCCACUACCAUCCCAGUCAUUCCAAGAGGUCAAUAAAAUAUUGAGACAGGAGAUACACAGAUAUUUCAUUUACUGCUGUUGCGGCAGGUUAUAUAAUGCAACAUCUGUGACCACUUUUUUCACAUUACUCAGAGUGAUACCUAAUGCUGAUCUCCAUGGUAUUAAUGAGGUCACGCUGCCUACUCUAUGGGUCUUUUACCCCAGCAACCACUUCUGCCUCUACGUUGUGCAUUUCUAUUUUUUUUUUUUUCAUUGAAGAUUUGACAAACACAUGGGCAAAGAACUGGCUGGCUGGAUGCGUCAUUAAGAAUGCCUGUUUUAUCUAAAAGUACUCCCAAGUCAGCAUGUAUUUUUGUGCAGCUUGUCCUCAUAUUUCUCUUUGGUUAUUUCCAGCUCAUUGUCUCCCCUUUAAUGUCACUACUGAUUUGUGUUAUUCCUGCUGGGAUGACAAAUUAUUAUUUCGCUUAUUUAAUUUCUUUGUGCAUAUUUAUGUUUUGUUUUUUAUAUUUACUUUAUUUGCCAAAAUUAAAGCCAGGUUAUUGGCAGGCUUUAAUCAGUUCUUCAGCACUCCAAAUGCCUUGCUCAGUGGUGAUUCUCAUCAACAUGUGGACUUUAUUGAACUUCUCCAUCCGGAAGUUUAGCCGGGUUUCUGAAGGAAGUUAGUAGCCAAGGCUUGAUGGUGUAUCAAUAGAUGAAAGUUGAAAGAUAUUGAUAAAGUUCAUAAACAUUACAAACACAGACAUAAGUAUAAGUUUAACCCCUUAAGGAUCAAACUUCUGGAAUAAAAGGGAAUCAUGACAUGUCACACAUGUCAUGUGUCCUUAAGGGGUUAAGAAAACAGACGUGAUAAAGGCUGUAAACAGUAUAGUAAGAUAAUAGAAAAAAAUAAAAGUGGCAGCAAUCAUGAUAAUACUUGUCUAGAGUGUUUGAAAGAGAAACAUACUUACAAAGUAGCCAUGGUGGUGGGUUAGCAGUGGGUGGUUCCAUGACAAUCAUGGUGGGAUUCAAGGAAAUGCACACAAGUAUGGGUAAAAAUUAGGUCACUAUCACACACAGUCUUGGUAAUGAUAACACACUUCCCCUUUGGAUACCUUAAUAUAUGAUUUUGGCUGUAGGUGGGACAACCUGAAAAUGAGGGCCAAUGUAUAGAUCUUAUACUUCACACUCUUCACCACAUCAUGUAUAGUAUAUAUAGUAUAUGUUUAUCUGUGAACUCAUGUCUUGUUCUAUUACGUCCAUGGUGGUCUUUAGUGGUGCAGUUGAAGGUUGAGGAAGUCUCCCUGGUAUAGUAGAUACAGGCUUUUCUCAUACUCCUGUAGCAUCUACAGAGCAAUAUCAGGAAGACGAAUCGGUCCUUAAUGGACAAAAACCAGGCUGUAUCCUUGCUUGGCAGUAUUGCAACAAGUCUGACCUGGAGCAGUUUACGUGUGGUAUUUACACGCCCUGUGAAGUUUGUGGAAUGCAUGCCACACACUUACCAGCUUGCACCGACUGAUUCUUGAUUCUGUGUUUAGUACAGUCAAAACUUUGUUGUAUUCUUCAUGCAGGUACGCACAGAUCAACAUUUUGCCAAGAAGAUAAAAAUUACUAUUGAACCUAAAUAAAGUUGUCUAUUGUAUGGUACUGAGAUUCAGGUAUUCUAUUAGCAUUGAUGUUUUGUUUUUAAAUUAUUUUAUUUUUAUUGUCUUUUACCCACUGACAUCAACAGAAUGCCAGAACAGAUAAUGAAAGCAUUGUAAUUAUUGAUAGGCUGAAAAAAAUAGAAAAAAGGGACUUUGAGAAUGAAAUAUUUUGGAUUAGCGACAUUUGGCUGGGAAACACGCCUCCAUUGUGAUUGAAUUCUAAUUAUAUUUUUUAUUAUCUAGGUGGGAAAGAAACACAGCAUGAGGUUUGGAAAUAUAACUCCUCCAUCAACAAAUGGAUCCAAAUAGAGUACUUAAAUAUUGGCAGAUGGAGACACAAGAUGGCCGCCCUCUGUGGAAAAGUAUACGCCAUCGGAGGUUUUGAUGGCAGUCAGAGAAUAUAUAGUGUUGAGGCCUAUGAUCCAUUCCACAACUGCUGGGCAGAGGUAGAGAAAUCCAGUUACAGUAUUUUAAUAGACUAUAUUGCUGAAAAGAAAAAAAAAGGUUUUGAAUGUCUAUUUAAUCAAUACACACCAACAUCAGCUGUAAAAAAGUCUUAUCUCGCAAAGAAGUUCAGGACUUUGUGUUCCUGGUACAGGAGCAUACCAACUAAUUUACACCUGUUAUAGGACAAUUUCAGAAUGGAUUUCUGAAUACCACAAAAUAUAUUGUGGCACCAAGUCAUUCCCAGGCUUGCACGCCAACUGGUUUUACAGGUAACAACUGAUGCAUUGUUGUUGACAUUUGGUUUAUUUGAUACACCCAAAUGGUUGAAUUAGUAAUACCCCCAUCAAGAUCUGUGCAAUAUUUAGUACAUGCUGAUCCACUGUGAGUGUUAUGAUAUAAUACCAAUUUUAUUGGUGUCUUUAAACAUUAUAAAACGCUUUUCAUUAUCUGUAUUGGUGUUUACUUUUUUAUACUUGACUGGUUUGUGUAUCUUGCUUCCUCCUAAAGGCCUCUGUAUAUCUAGCUGUGACUGUCAGUGCUGGGUUACAGCAAACAAACACAAAUAUGCACUUAUGUCAUUGUGAUGUAACUAGGUCAUUAACAUUUAAAUGAGACCGCCUGGUUAAAGAAGAUCUACUGAUUUAUCUAGCUUUCUUGCAACUGUAUGUUAAUGCAAACUAGACCACAAAUGUGACACCUAUUUUGUGCUCACAGGAAGCAUUGUCUUCACCUAAAACUUGCAUGUGAUAUAAUUAUGAAGUCAUUAAGCAGUACGCACUGACUGCAUAAUAGAUAACAAUACAAAGUAGCUGUGCAUUAGAGAAGUUGCAUCAGAUGCUGUGUGUUUGUGUGUAAAAGCUUAAAAGCACUUCCUGGCAAAGUUCUAAAAGUGGAAAAAUCGUAGAUGAUGCUUUUUUUCCGUGGUGAUUUCUUCAUGUUUAGAACUUGUCUCUGUGAAUGUAUUUUUAUAUAUGUAAUUCGCAUUGUAAAUUACAGGAUAUGCCCUGUUUUGUAAUCGAGGAGUAAGAUCAUUGGGAAUAUUGUGUCUUAUGUAAUUCUGAUGUCAUUAUGAUGGCAUCUUUUUCCGCUAACAUUAUGUAAGAAUUAGCGCUUAUACGGGUUAAAUUACACUGAACAAAAUUAUAAAGGCAACACUUUUAUUUUUGCCCCCAUUUUCCAUGAGCUGAACUCAAAGAUCUAAGACUUUUUCUAUGUACACAAAAGGCCUAUUUCUCUUAAAUAUUGUUCACAAAUCUGUCUAAAUCUGUGUUAGUGAGCACUUCUCCUUUGCCGAGAUAAGCCAUCCACCUCACAGGUGUGGCAUUUCAAGAUGCUGAUUAGACAGCAUGAUUUUUGCACAGGUGCAGGGCCGUCUUUAAUAUUGAUUGGACCCUGGGCAAGCAUCUGCUUGGGCCCCCUGGGCAUGCAAUCACUCCCUCCACCCCAACCUAGAGGCGAAACUAAUGUAGAGAGUGCCUUGGUGCAAAAAAAUAAUAAUUCAGGCCUGCCCUGUAGCACAAGAGUAAAGAAAAGAUAGAUCCCCAUCUGUCAUACAACUCCUGCGAUGCUAUGCCAGGUGGGGAUCUACCAUCCUUGCAGGGUUGUAUUUUUGAGCAGUGUUUGUGCAAUUGAAUGUCAGCAUGUUAUUGUAUAGAGUGUAUGUGUGCAUGUAGGGGUGUAUUUGUAUGUACUGUUACCAUUGGAAUGCAGUGGUGUACUUGUGUGUAGUGUUUGCGUUUGAAUGCAGUAAUGUGUGAUUGUCUGUAGUGUUGGCUUUUAAAUGCAGGUGUACUUUUGUGUGUAGAGUUGGUGUUUGUAUAUAAUUUUAGCGUUUUAAUACAGGAAUGUGUUUGUAUGUAAUGUUUGUAUUUGCAUGCAGGGGGUUGUUUGGAUGUAGUGUUGUGUACAUUUGUGUGUAGUAUUGGUGUUUCAGCAAACUGGUGUGUUUGUAUGUAAUGUUUGUGUUUGCAGGGCUCUGUUUGCAUGUUGUGUGAUUUCUAUAACACAUAUACACAUACACAUUAACACGCAGAUACACACAUAGGCACACUGACACAUGCUCACACCUUGACACAUACUGGCACAUACACACACACACUCAGAUACACACCCUUUGACACACAGAUACAAGCACUUUGAUACACACACACACUGGCACAUCCACACACAGAGGUACACACACACACUGACACAGGUAUGUACACACACACUCAGAUACACACAUACAUAAAGGUAUAAAUGCAGGGGUGUAUAUGUGUACAGUGCUAGAGAUGGAGUGUAUUUGUGUUGGCAUUAAAAUGCUGGGAUGUAUGCAUUACCACACACUCAGAUGCACACUUACACACACUGACACAUACAUACACACACACACACACACACAAACACACACACAGGUACACAUACACACUGACACACAAGUACACAUACACAGGUAUACAUACACACAGAAACACUGACACACAGACAAACACAGCCAGAUACAAACACUGACACAAACACAGCCAGAUACACACACUGACACAAACACAGCCAGAUACACACAAGGACAUAAACACAGCCAGAUACACACACACAUAUAUGUGUACAUUUACAUAUUUUAAUCUCUGCCUUCUAGCAGCUCUUGGACAGCAACUCCCAGCAACCUUGGCCAUAAUAAUGUCUCAACUCUGUUCUUACAUACCCUGGUCCAGAAUUUGGCAAAAGUGACAUUUGAAAAUGGUAUACAGCCUUUGAUAACACUUGAUGCAAUAAUAUGUUAAAAUAAAUACUUUUAAAAUUUAUAUUUAAUAGGGAACUGUCAGGUUCUUCUAGGAUUUUUAACAUGUACUUAUUCCCUGUGUGUUACAUUACAAACACCAACACUUGAAUAAAAGUGAUAUCAGAAAUAAGCAAAACAAAAAAACAAAACAUAUUUAGCCACCCUCCUGUCUCCUUACCUUUUGGGUACAGAAAGGUGGCUUCCCUGGGGUCCAGUGGGAGCUUGUUGGCCCAGGCUGAUGGGAGUCUGCCAUCAGCUUUCUCAGUCCCUCUCCCCAACAAUGCUUGCAUCCUCCUCCGUGUGGUGUGUGCCUCCUCCCCAGCGGCACUGAGGAGGAAGUGAUCUGACCUCACUGCCUCCCAGCAUGCCACGGAGAAGAAAAGGGAUCACAGGGCAGUGUGUGAGGGGCUAGCUGUGUGUUUGUAUUCAGCCAACCCCCAUAUUACAAGGGCCCGGUCCAGAGCAGUAUUAAAGGGCUGUGGCCCCUGAUUACCUCAGGUGCUGCAGGGGGCCCAUGGGGCAGCUGCCUUAGGGCCCCCAGGAGUAACUGGGCCCGGGGCAGCUGCCCCUUUUGCCCCUCCUUAAAGACGGCCCUGUACAGGUGUGCCUUAAGCUGGACACAAUAAAGGCCACUCAAUAUAAAAAGAGAGAGCUCUCACCACGCCGAGCGUAUGCCACUGCUCCUCCUCAGGUAAUGUAGGAAAUGGGUAAAAUGAAGGCAGAAUGAUCUCUUGGUUGAGGUGGAACUUGGAAACCACCUUAGGGUAGAAUUCCAGUGCUGGUCGGAGAACCACCUUGUUUUGCUGAAAGCUAGGAAAAAGGUGGAUCACAGGACAAUGCUUGUAGCUCACACAUCCUCCUAGCUGAGAUUGCUACCAACAAUAGUACCUUCUGUGUAAGCAGUGUCAAGGAAGCUUGAACCGGAGGCUCAAAUGGAGGCUUGGUUAAGGCUUGCAACACCAAUGGGAGAUCCCAUGUUGGCAUAAAAGCUUUCAGAGUAGGUAGCAUUUUAAUGACAGCCCUCAUGAAGCGGACAACCAAAGGGUCUGGGGCACAAACAAAUACCCGUUAAUGCAGACAAAGAGGAAACUUGAACCUUUAGGGUAUUGUAGCUUAGUUCUUUAUCCAGUCCCGACUGGAGAAAGUUAAGUAUAGUAGCUAUCGGAGGUGGAGAGAUAUCCAACGCAUGCUCCAAAGACCACCUAACAAACACUUGCCAAAUUUUAUAGUAUGAAGAGGAGGUGAUAACUUUUCGAGACUUUAAUAAGGUUUUGAUAACAUAGCUAGUUAUGUUUUACCUAUAAGUGACUCCCGCUCAAUCUCCAUACCAUCAAACCCAGAGCCUGAGGUUCUGGGUGAAACAGAGGACCUUAAAUCAGAAGAUCAGGCUGGGAGAUUUCUGGAAUGUUCCAGACUCAUUCGAAUCGCCAUAGGGAACCAAGGACUUCUUGGCCAAAAGGGGAGAAUUGCUAUGGUCUCCACUCUCCCAAUCUUUCUCAGGACCGCAUAAAUAAGAGGUAUAGGAGGAAAAAUGUAGAUCAGGUUGAACCUCCAUUCCUGAGUCAAGGCAUCCUGACCCCAAGCUCGUGGGUCAAAGUGUCUGGAGAAGUAAUCCUAAUCUGGAAAAGUAUCUGGUUGUACUUGGAUGUUGCCAUCAGGUCUAUCUGAGAUACUCCCCAACGUCUUGUCAGUUCCAGGACAACUUCUGGACAUAGAUGCCAUUCAAACCUGUCCAGGGUUACCCGGCUUAGAUAAUCCGCCACUGUAUUCUGACUCCCUGGAAGAGGAAGAUGGCCUGCGGAGUAACCUUAAACAUGUCACUAUCAUAUCAAGAUGGGGUAAAUCUCUCUUAUCAACAUGCGACUGUGGGUCCCACCUUAAUGCACUAGUGACAUAUACUUUUCCUGAAUCUCUGGUGAGCUUUCAAAAUAGUUCUCACCUCCAGGAUGUUGCUUGGGAGUACAGAUUCCUUCUGUGACCUGAUCUUGAGCUACCUGGUUCAGGCAAUGCGCUUCCCAUCCUGGUGCACUGGCAUCCGUAGUUAAGAUUAUCCAGUGUGGGUCUGUUAAGGGAAACCCCCUGGUCACAUUCUUCUUCUUCAGCCACCAAGUGAAAUGCAGUCUUGUCAUUGGAGGAAUCUUCAUCAACUGAUUCCAAUUUCCCUUUGUUUUGUCGAAUGUGGAAAGAAAAGCCUUUUGAGCCACAGGCAGAUGCCACUGUGUCCAUCUUACCAGGCCAAUCGUGGAGGCUAGAAUUCCUAGAAGUUGCAUAAACUUCCUUGAAGUGACCAGACAUUCCCGGAGAAGUUGUGAAAUGAAGAGAAACAUUCUUUUGAUCCGGUCUUGGGAUAGGGAGACUGAAUUGCUGAUUGUAUUGAAUUCGGCUCCCAAGAAUGUCCUCUUCUGGGCAGGUAUUCAGGUUGUUCUUCUCGUGGUUUAUCAACCACCCGAACCUUUGAAGUUCCUCCAGUACUACAUUUCUCUGGGUUAUCGCUGUCCUUGGAUUUGGAGAUAGUAGGAGUAGAUCGUCCUGGUAGUGGAAUAAGUUGAAUCCCAGAGUUCUUAGCCUUGCAAUCAGAGUCACCAGGACCUUUCAAAGGGAUGCCUCAGCAAUGAACUAAGUUGCCAUCUUUAGGUCCAGAUGAAGACCCCUCUUUCCACUUCUGAAUCCAGCUCUCUGAUCCAGUUCUUCAUUAUUUUGGAAACUGCAGUAAGAGCCACAGCAGGGUGGCAUCCUGCUACUGUUGCUGUGUAUAUUCAACAUAGAUCUGCAUCCAGUUUGUGGUCCAUAGGUUCACAGAGCUGAGCUAUCCAAAGGUAGCAUGGUUUUCCUAGCAACUCUGGAUACUGGAGCGUCUACCUUGGGAGGCGUAAUCCACAGCUUAGAAGUGCACUCUUCCGAGGGUUUAAUCUUGCCAAUAUACCUUGGAAGGCCACCUUCUUCUCCAGCUUUUUCCACUCAGCUGUAACUAAGUUAUUAAUGGACUUGUGUAGAGGGAAGGAUAAUCUUUGCUUAUUCAAAUCAGCAAAGUGCUUGUCUGAACCUUUAGCUUUAGGGACAUCUUCAGGAAUAUCUAAUGAUUUCCUCACUAUAAGGAUUAAUUUCUCAACAGCUCUAGCAUCUUGGGCUUCACUCAUCAUUUCGCCUUCACUAUCGCUGAAGUCUACCUGAUCCCUUAUAGGUUCAAUGCCUUCAGAGUCAGAGGAAUGCGAAGAGUCUUGCCUCUGUCUGGGUCUUUUCUCAGACCUCUUUCUUACCUCAAGGGCUUCCGAAAUGCUCUGGGUUACCUCCUUCCUUAUCCAAGAUAGUAAAUCCAUCAAAGGAGCUGGGUUUGUAGACGAUGAUACUGCUACUUUCGGUAGACUGGCUAAGCAUAGCUGUUUACCCUCCAAUGCCUUGCCACUGCAUCCUGCGCAAGUGUUGGAUUUUUCUCUCCUUUUUCUAGUAGGGGAAGCUGUCGUAUGUUCUUCAUUACUAUAUAGUUACAUAGUUACAUAGCUGAAAAGAGACUUGCAUCCAUCAAGUUCAGCCUUCCUCACGUAUGUUUUUGCUGUUGAUCCAAAAGAAGGCAAAAAACCCAGUCUGAAGCGCUUCCAAUUUUUCAAAAAACUAGGAAAAAAUUCCUUCUUGACCCCAAAAUAGCAGUCAGAUGUCUCCUUGGAUCAAGCAGCUAUUACCACAGUAAUUAGAAAUUAUAUCCCUGUAUGUUAUGUUUUUGCAAGUAUUUAUACAAUUGCAGUUUAAACAUCUGUAUAGACUCUGAUAAAACCACUUCGUCAGGCAGAGAAUUCCAUAUCCUUAUUGCUCUUACUGUAAAAAAAACUUUUCUUUGCCUUAGAUAAAAUCUCCUUUCUUCCAGCCUAAAUGUGUGACCUUGUGUCCUAUGUAUAGCCCUGUUUAUGAAUAGAUUUCCAGAUAAAGGUUUGUACUGGCCCCGAAUAUAUUUGUAUAAUGUUAUCAUAUCACCUCUCAGGCGCCAUUUUCCCAAACUAAACAGAUUUAAAUUUUUUAACCUUUCUUCAUAACUAAAAUGCUCCAUUCCUUCUAUCAGUUUUUUAGCUCGUUUCUGAACUUUUUCUAGUGUCAUGAUAUCUUUCUUUAAAACAGGUGCCCAAAAUUGCACAGCAUAUUCAAGGUGUGGUCUUACCAGCAAUUUAUAAAGAGGCAAAAUUAUAUUUUCAUCCCGAGAAUUUAUGCCCCGAUUUAUACAUGACAAAACCUUACUGGCCUUAGCAACUGCAGAUUGAUAUUGCAUAUUGUCUAUAACAAUUCCGAAAUCCUUCUCAUGUGUAGUUAUCCCUAGUUCACUACCAUUUAGAGUGUAAAUUACUUGUGCAUUCUUAACCCCGAAGUGCAUAACUUUGCAUUUCUCUACAUUAAAUUUCAUCUGCCAUUUUAGUGCCAAGUCCCCCAGUCUAUCCAAAUCCCACUGCAGCAAGGCAAUAUCCUGCUCAUAUUUUAUUACUUUACAAAGUUUUGUGUCAUCUGCAAACACUGAUACAUGGCUUUCAAUGCCUAUUUAAAGAUCAUUUAUAAAUAUGUUAAAUAGAAGCGGUCCCAAAACAGAACCCUGAGGGACACCACUUAACACUUUUGUCCAUCCUGAAAAUUUACCAUUAAUGACAUUGGUUUGUCCUUAAGCCAAUGUUCUAGCCAAGAACAAGAAUAUUUAUCUAGACCAAUUUCUUUUAGUUUAAAGACUAACCUAUUGUGAGGAACAGCAUUAAAUGCCUUGGAAAAAUCCAAGUAGAUCACAUCCACUGCAACACCCUGAUCUAUACUUCUACUUACUUCUUCCUAGAAUGCAAUUAGGUUAGUUUGACAUGACCUAUGUUUCAUAAAACCGUGCUGAUUAUUGCUAAUAACAAAGUUCUUCCCAAUGAAUUUCUGAAUAUUAUCCCUUAAUAACCCUUGAAAUAUUUUCCCAGUCACAGAAGUUAAGCUCACAGGUCUAUAAUUUCCAGGCAAGGAUUUUGAACACUUUUUAAAUACCAACAUCUGCCUUCCUCCAAUCCUCCGGUAGAAUACCUGGAACAAAAGAAUCUUGAAAAAUUAAAUACAGAGGUUCACUUAUUUCCCCACUUAAGUAGUCGUGGGUGAAUACCGUCAGGCCCCGGAGCUUUAUUUAUAUUAAUUUUCUUUAAUUGCUGUAGCACCUUGUCUCGAGUCAUCCAAUCACAAGUUAUCUGCAAGUUUUUUGCAGCAAUCAUUUGCAUAUCUCUUGCCAUAGGAUUCUCAUUAAUAUAUACUGAAGAAAAAUAGUUAUUUACAAUUUCAGCUUUUUCCUGGUCUUCAUUAGCUAACAAACCCAUCUCUGUUUCCAGUGUACCUACACUUUCAUUUUUAAUUUUUUUUAGAAUUGAUGUACUUGAAAAAAAAUUUGAGGUUGGUUUUGUAUUCUUUGGCUACCAAUUUCUCAUUUUCUAGUUUAGCCACUUUAAUUGCCUUUUUGCAAGCAUUAUUGGCUUACUUAUAUCUUAUAUAGGAUGCCUCUGAUUUGUCUGAUUUAAAUGCUCUUUUCUUAUUUUUAAUCUCUUGUUUUACUUCUCUACUAAGCCACAUUGAUUUUAAUUUGUUUCUUUUAUAUUUAUUACCCAAUGGUAUAGUAUAUAGUAAAAUAAAAGAACAAUUUUAAUAAUAUAUUAAAAAAUAAACAAAAACCCAGGACUGAAUAAACUUCGCUUAUCUGGAUUCAGAAAUAGACAUCCGAGUGUUAGCUGGAGAGGUCAUAAUGGGCAAACUAAAAUAAAUAUAUAAAUACAUUAAUUAACUGUAAUACAUAAAAGAAAUAUUUUCCAAAAUAAUAUAUGUCUAACCAGACAUAAUUCUACCUGAGGCAAUUUGAAACCAAGCUUGCUGGCACUUUAAGAACUUCUACACCAAGAAAUACAGCAGAAAGCAGUAAAGCAGGUGCCUUUAAAUACUUUAAACAUCUCGUUUUUGGCACUUACUAGUCUUGCCCAUACUUAAAAUGGACGCCACAGCAUACGAAUCCCUUCGUUCGCGUAAUUUUUCAAAACAAAAUAAAAGCACAAAUUGCGCAUGUGCCGGCAAUCGUUUGAAUGAGCGCAAAACUAUCUGAAACCAAGAAGCCGGUUUGUGCGAUCAGCAGCUGUCAAACUGCACGAAAUACAUUUUCCACAGCAUGAAAAUCAUGCGAGCAGAAGGCACAAGCAAAUUUAAAUGUAAAUCUGAAAGAAGAAAUAAAUGUCAAUAAGAACUUAAAUAAGAGAGCAAUAUGCUCUCUAACCUAAGGGUUGUAGGACAGGAAAAUGACUGAAGACCUUAGGACUGGAGCCUCCUUUUAAGUCUUAUUUUGGUCUGUCCUAACUUCUGUAAGGGGCGGAACUAACCCAUAUAAGUAUAGGCUGCCAUGAUUAGCCAGGAAAAUUUAUAUAACAUACUCUUAGACCUUGGAAUCCUUCAUAGACCAUCUUUCAUGAUACAUGAGAAGAUGCUCUUUUCCAAAUUUUUGUCAACUUAGGCUUUAACCAUAAGACAUAGUAGUCCCUACAUUGUCUCUUGAUAUUUAUAUUUUUGAAUUGUCAUUUCAAAAAGGUACUGUUUGUGUACAGUGUUUGUGUCUUUUUUAAUGAAUUAGAAAUAUUUAUACAUUUCAGUUUUAAUAUUGAAAGUGAAUAGUAAUAACUAGUAGGAUUUAAAGGCUACCAGUUAAGUACACAUGCGCACUGGUUAGGGGCCUUAGAUAUUUUUGUGUGCCUUAGUUUAGUAAAGGUUAUGAACCACUGUUUUAGUAUAUACCUUUAACAUCUCUUUCACUGUUAUCUCUACUCAUUCGUAAAAGUUUUGUAUUCCUAUAUGAAAAUUCACUAUAUUACUUUGUGCGAUAGCACUAACUUAUUGUGAUAACUACUCAUUACCAUGUGUGUUUUGCAGGUAGCUCCUUUAUUGUUCAGUGUGAGUUCAUUUGCUGCAGCAAGCUACCAGAACAAAUUGUAUGUUAUCGGCGGUGGACCAAACGGAAAGCUAGCUACUGAUAAAACACAGUGUUUUGAUCCCUCAACCAAUAAAUGGAGUUUAAAAGCGCCAAUGCCAGUGGAGGCGAAAUGUAUCAAUGCUGUUAGCUUCCAUGACCAUAUUUAUGUUGUUGGUAAGUUGUUUUUUUUAACUAUUUAUUUUUUCGUACUCAAAGUUACAUACAGGAUUGCAACGCCACAACAACAGGCGCAAGCAAUUCAGCAAUAUUCAUUGACAUGGCAGAGAAAACAGCACUUUUUUUUUAAUGUUAGAGAAAACUAGCUAGGCAUACAUGAAUUCAUUCUAAAAUAAAAAAAAAACAUACUGACUGUUAUUAUAAGGGAUAUUACGAUUAUCUAACAUUUGCUGUAAAAGUGAAUUUCCCCGGGUUUAUAUUAACGUGUGGUAAAAAAGGAACAAAAACAAUUACAAUUAGCCCACAGCCACGGGUGGAACGGGCUGCCUUUAAGUGUCCCACUGCUCAUCCUAUGCCCCUCAAGAAGGUCAUAUAGACGUGAUGAUAGAAAGGGCAAGAUGUCUGGGGACCCCACCAGCUCUUAAAGAGAGUACAGUUUCCUUCACCUGACCCAUAGGUCCCAUGUGAAGCUGCAGGUAGCACUUGAGCUGGAACCUGGGGAUCAUUGUUAUGCUUCCUCGUUGCAUGUUGAGUGAGUACUUGCCUCCGUCUUCCCACCAGUUGCACUGCUUUAGUGCUUCGCCCGGUGCAUCCCGGCUUGGCUUUUUUCGGCAAAGGGACAGAUUUUAGCUGGGUUGCGGUGUCUGUCUGUGGCGGCUGCUGCUGGAAUCUGUUCCAGAUUUGCGUCCAGAAGUGCUCGAAAGCCUUGUAUAUCUGGCCUUCCAGUGUGGCCCAAGUUGUGGGAGACAAGAGUGCAGAGGGCAUUGUGUUGGCGGCCAUCUUGGCUUGCAGCUUGCGGUAAGCUCUCUCCAUGGGAACCAUCGAGUGUGGGCAGAGUAAGUGUGUCUUCACCUCAGGAAGGACUGGAAAAAACCCCACCGGUCCAAAGGGAGGAUGGGGGAGUGAGAGCAUGCUUGGUCUCCGUAGUCAGCUCAAGACCGAGGAGAGCGGCCGCCUCUCCCCGUGUCAGCCUCCCAUAGGCUGCACUUGCUUUCCAUCGCAUGUCUGCCAAUCACCAGUUUCAAAGUUGCUAUGUUAGUGACCACGGCUAACCUGAGGGUGUCUGGCUUAUGUGUGCACUUAGGGAAGCAGGCAUUGAAGGUUAAAACCUGCUGAAUUGGAGUCUUAGACCCAGAGCUCGGAUUAUGUGCGACCAGCUAGCCCCCUUUUAAAAUAUUUUUUUUUUAUUGUAACACUCAAACACAUUUAAGUGGUAUGAAUUUUCUAUGCAUUUGCUUAUUUUAUUUUUAACUGAAGAGGCUCAGCACAGACAUAUAAUAGCAUUUUCUCAAAGCCUAUAAAAUAAAUUUGGACCCAAUUUAAAAAGUGUGUCAUUCUUGCAAAAUAGCUCACAGGGUCUCUGGCAUGAUGGACAUUAAAGAGUUCAGUUUUUGCAAUGCUCCAUAUUGUACCUACAUACUGUGUUAGCUAUACCACUGGUAAAUGUGUGGAUAUGUAGUUAUUUCCAAUAAAAUUCAUGCAGUUACACUCUCAUUGCUGAGGUUCUGCUUUAUCUCCUGUAGAAAAAUCUAUAAGCAUGGCCACUACAUGAUGCACAUACAUAGACAGUGGCGGCCAUGUUGAAAAGGGCAGUGCUACAUUCUAGGUUCUUAUAUCUAUUUUUACGGGUACAAGCACCAUGUAUAGACUAUGUGUAUUCUACCUGUACAGGACCUUGUUAUACACAUAUUCUGGGUUAAUGCCUUUAAAUACACCUAAAAUAUAAAAACAUUGAAGAAGUUCAGUAAGAAACAUUAAUGUAUAUUAACACAAAUAUUUAAUGUUAAUUGUUGCUGAGUAGUGAUGUCCUGAACGGUUCGCCGAACGGUUUUCUGCGGACAGUAAACAUAUGCGCUGUUCGGUCUGCCCCUAUUCAUCAUCAUUGAGUAAACUUUGACCCUGUACCUCACAGUCAGCAGACACAUUCCAGCCAAUCAGCAGCAGACCCUCCCUCCCAGACCCUUCCACCUCCUGUACAGCUCACUAAGAAUGCAGCUUCACAAUGAAUGUAAAAUGGAUGCUGUCCAGGAGGUGGGAGGGUCUGCUGAUUGGCUGGAAUGUGUCUGCUGACUGUGAGGCACAGGGUCAAAGUUUACUCAAUUAUGAGUCCGUGGCGAACCGUUCGGGACAUCACUAUUGCUGAGUGGUCAUGGUAAAUUUAAACCUACAUGUAAUAAUAAUACAAAAAAAUACUUGCAUGGUAACUAGCAUGACCAGGCUCUAUUUGUUGUUCUACAAGUUUUCUACAACGUAUGGUUCUACAAUUUGUAAUUUUUUAUUAAAAGAGGAUUCUUGGAGUUCUAUAGCAGAAACCUCUUAGAGAGAGAGAGAGAGAGAGAGAGAUGUUCCACAUUUAUUUAAAGUGCCACUAAAGAUUUCCAGACCACUUUCUCUCAAUGAAGUGGUCUGGAUGCAGAGGUCCUGUCGUUUAAACCCUUUAACGUAAAAGAUUGCUGUGUUGUAGGAAAAGCAAUGUUUACAUUAAAAGGUUUAAUACCCCUCUAGUAGCGGUAUUUCUGACAGCCAAAAGAGGCACUUCAGCCUUCAGAAGUGAGUCAGACUCGACUAUUCAAUCAAAUGCUGCUCAUAGGAGCAUUUAAUUGGAGGCGUGCAACUUUGCCACAGAUGCGUAUCUCAUCCUCAUUGCUUCUCUAUGAGAAGCAUUAAAUUGGAUGAGAUCACAGAAGAGGCAGCAGGUUUGCUGACAGACAGGCCACUGCAGCGGAGUUGUCUUGGUGCUGGAAGUGAGGUAAAGAAAAAAUAUAUUAAUCUUCAAUUUUACAUCAGCAAAGGUUAGUGGAAAAGGACAUAGCAAUAGAAGGGAACAAAUAAUCCUGAAAAAACAAAUGUUUUCAUGUAUAGGUUCCUUUCAAUUUUCAGUUCUUCUCACUUUCGUAAAAGUUUAAUGACCAUAAAUCACAUAAAUCCAUAUAUCAUCUCUCUUUUGAUAAUACUUUAGAUACUAUGACUAUCUCUGUAACCAGUGUGAUACAAAAUUGGCUUCAUAUGCAUAAGACAUAUGUGUCGUAAAAGACAUAUGAAGAAUAUCAGAGGACAUUGAUCAUAAACAGCUUUCUGCAUGGCUAAUUUAUUUUUUUAUUUAUUUUAGGUGGCGCGAUGAAAGCCCUGUACUCUUACAGCCCUCUUGAAGACAAUUGGUGUUUAGUGACCAAGUUUAGUCAUGAACGAGCAAGUUGUGGUAUAGCUGCGUGCUGCAAUAAAAUAUUCAUAACAGGUGGUCGGGAUGAGAAAAAUGAAGUCAUUGCAACAGUUAUGUGCUGGAAUACAGAGAACGAGAAGUUGACCGAAGAGUGUGUACUACCAAGAGGUGUAUCCCACCACAGCAGUGUUACCAUAAGAAAAUCAUACACACAUGUACGAAGGAUCAUUCCGGGAGCUGUCUCUGUCUGACUCUCGUAGGACAUAGUUUGAGCAUCCUCUAACUUCAAAUACACAUUUAACAAAUUCUCAAAUUUGUAAUAUUUAUUAAAAAGCUUAUCAAUCCAAGCUAUGAAAUGACAGUAUAAGUGAGAUUAAUCUGUGCAUUGAUCACAUGUGAUGUUAAAAUAACAAGCUUUGGGACACCGCCAUGUGGAGUAUGCCACCGAAGAUAUCCAACCAAAAUUAACUUUGAUUGCAUUUUAUAAUAAAAUGUUGUUUACAUUUAAUCUUAAAGACAGCCUAAAUCAGUUUUAUGCUCGUUGUGCUAACUUUAUGAAAGUCUGUGUUGUCUACUGUUGCACUGUUUCAAUAAAGGUAUUCUUGAGUUUUGUAUUUA